AUGGCUACAAAGAAGAGCGUUAGCAGUCUAAAUGACGCAGAUUUGAAGGGGAAGGGGGUGUUUGUGAGAGUGGAUCUCAACGUCCCUUUGGAUGAUAACUUCAAUAUCACUGAUGAUACCAGGAUCCGAGCUGCCGUUCCCACCAUCAAGUACUUGAUGGAUCAUGGCUCCAAAGUUAUUCUUUGCACCCAUUUGGGACGUCCAAAGGGUGUUACGCCCAAGUACAGCUUGAAGCCACUUGUACCUAGGCUAUCUGAACUUCUUGGAGUCCAGGUUAAAAUGGCUAAUGACUGUAUUGGUGAGGAAGUUGAGAAACUGGUGGCUGAGCUCUCAGACGGAGGUGUCUUGCUUCUUGAGAAUGUAAGGUUCCACAAGGAGGAGGAAAAGAAUGAUCCUGAAUUCUCCAAGAAACUAGCUGCUCUUGCAGAUGUCUACGUUAAUGAUGCAUUUGGCAGUGCUCAUAGAGCCCAUGCAUGAACAGAGGGUGUGGCUAAAUACUUGAAACCUUCUGUUGCCGGUUUUCUUAUGCAGAAGGAACUUGACUAUCUUGUUGGAGCUGUGGCAAAUCCUAAGAAGCCUUUUGCUGCAAUUGUUGGUGGCUUAAAGGUAUCAACCAAGAUUGGAGUGAUAGAAUCCCUCCUGGGGAAGGUUGAUAUCCUCAUAUUGGGUGGAGGAAUGAUGUUUACUUUAUACAAGGCACAAGGGUACUCAGUUGGGUCAUCCCUUGUGGAGGAGGACAAACUUGAUCUUGCAACUUCACUUGUUGAAAAAGCCAAGGCUAAGGGGGUAUCUUUACUGCUGCCUACUGAUGUGGUCAUUGCUGACAAGUUUGCAGCUGAUGCCAACAGCAAGAUGUCUCUCACAUGGCAGCAAAGGUUUUCAAAGCCAACCGGUUUGAAUAUCCAGAGAGUGAGAACAGCACAAGAAUAUAGAUCACUCCCUUUGAUUGCAAAUCUGCCGUUUGAAGCAUUUCAGUAUGCCCAAAAUGUCCAAUCAUGCGGUUGAAAUGUAUUGUGCAUAUAUGACAAGGGGUUAACAAAUUGAAAAUGGUGGAGGUGGUAGCUGUAGCGCUCUUAUGUGAUCUCCUCCCCAGUCUGUCGCAAUGAUGCCAAAGACGGUGGAAAGUAACCUACGCAACAAACUGUGUCACAGAAUCACCUUACUUUCAGAGCACAUGAUACUUUCUUCGUUGGACCACUUUUUGUAUACAGUAACACAUCAUAGAACUUCUGUUAAAAAAUACUCUAAAAUUAUUUAAAAUAUUAUAAAUAUAUCAGAUUGGCAUGAGAAAA